AUGGGAUCUGAUACAAACUCCUUCGGUUCACCAAAUCAUGAGUAUGAGAUAGUGAAAGACAUUAUGAUCGAUAUAAAAACUGAACCGGAAGAUCCGAUGAACACAACUAAGAACAACAUCUACAGAGUCCCAUGCAAUCUUCGGAAGCUGAAUAAGGAUGCCUACACUCCUCAGCUGGUUUCAAUAGGACCACUUCACUAUGGUCAGAAAAAGCUAAAACCAAUGCAAGCACACAAACUUCACUACUUGAAUCUCUUCAAGGAACGUGUCAAGGGCAACAUUGGAGCCCUGCACAAGUUCAAGGCCUUCCUUAAAGAAAAAGAACAAGAAAUACGCCAAUGCUAUGCAGAAAAGCUGUUCUGUGGGCAAAAAGGAAAAAAAGAAGAAGAAGAAAAGGAGGGUGAUGAUAAUAAUGUUGCUGUACUGAAACAAACAUGUUUAGAUGAUGAUGAUGUUAUACUGAAACAAACAUGGCUGAACAAGAGUGUCCAGAGAGACUUGCUUCUGCUUGAAAACCAGAUUCCAUUAUUCAUCUUGAAAGAGCUGUACAACUCUGUUGUCCCUAAGACCGUUAACAUGCGUAACAAAUUCAUUGAGGUCGCCCACGAUUACUUCGAGUGUUUUCAUCCUUAUAAAAAAAUCAAAGAUGAAAAACAAGAUUCAGAUCAUCCCAAGCCCUCAGGAAACAACAAUAAUUCAGAUUCUUAUUUGCAAAAGAAGCCCUCAUUCAGGUUUGAACGAGUGAAGAAGAACUGGAAAAAUGAUCCUGUACAUUUCACUGAUUUGAUAAGGUACUUCUACCUUUGUAAGGAAGUGACUGAUCAUCAAAAAGGGUCCUUCUCUUGUGUUCUAAAGACUGCAACUAAGUUGCAGGAAUCUGGAGUUAGCUUUGAGAAAGUUACCGUUCGAUCCUUACUUGACAUAAAAUUGGAGAAAGUUAAAAUCUUGAGUUGGUUUCUGUGCUUGGGUUGUCUACCGAAAUCCUCAUACUUCAAAGCUCGUUUACAAAUCCCACAGUUAACAAUAGACAACACAACAGAAUGUGUUCUCAGAAACCUCAUAGCCUUUGAGCAGUGUCAUUACUCGAAUCAACCUUACAUUUGCAACUAUGUCUCUCUCAUUGACUCUCUCAUUCACACCAAAGACGAUGUUGAGUUGCUGGUUGAGAAGGAAAUCAUUGUCCAUGAACUUGGGAGUGACAAGGAAGUGGCGACUCUGGUGAAUAGUCUCUGCAAACACGUUGUGGCAAACAAGACAUGCUAUAAAAAGAUUAUAAAUGAUCUGAAUAAACAUUACCAGAAUGAAUGGUAUCGUACUAUGGCUUCGUUGAGGUUGGUGUACUUCAGAGACGCUUGGAGAGCAAGUUCUACUUUGGUCGGAAUUGCUGUCCUCAUAUUCACAAUUUUCAACUUUUGCCGAGUUGUCAAAUUGGUCCUCGACCUUGAUCAAAGGCAACCUAAUAAUUAG